AUGGCCAGGAGACCCAGGCACAGCAUAUAUAGUAGUGACGAGGAUGAUGAAGAUAUUGAGAUGUAUGAUCAUGACUACGAUGGACUACUUCCCAAGACUGGGAAACGUCACUUAGGAAAAACAAGGUGGACUCGAGAGGAGGAUGAGAAGCUAAAGAAACUAGUAGAACAAAAUGGAACAGAUGAUUGGAAAAUUAUUGCCAAUUUUCUUCCUAAUCGGACAGAUGUACAAUGCCAGCAUCAAUGGCAAAAAGUACUAAAUCCUGAGCUAAUCAAGGGACCAUGGACCAAAGAAGAAGAUCAGAGAGUGAUAGAACUUGUACAGAAAUAUGGUCCGAAACAUUGGUCUGUUAUUGCCAAGCUCUUGAAGGGAAGAAUUGGAAAACAAUGUAGGGAAAGGUGGCACAACCAUUUAAAUCCAGAAGUUAAGAAAACCUCCUGGACCGAAGAGGAAGACAGAAUAAUAUACCAGGCACACAAGAGACUGGGGAACAGAUGGGCAGAAAUCGCAAAACUACUGCCGGGACGAACUGAUAAUGCUAUCAAGAACCACUGGAAUUCUACAAUGCGUCGAAAGGUUGAACAAGAAGGUUAUCUUCAGGAGUCUCCCAAGGCCAAACAGCCAACAGUAGCCACAAGUUUUCAGAAGAACAAUCAUUUAAUGGGUUUUGCCCAUACGCCACCUUCUGCACAGCUCCCUUCAACUGCCCAGCCCCCAAUUAGCAACGACUAUUCCUAUUAUCAUAUCUCUGAAACACAAAAUGUUUCCGGUCAGAUUCCAUAUCCCAUCGCAUUGCAUGUAAAUAUUGUCAAUGUCCCUCAGCCAGCUGCUGCAGCUAUUCAGAGACACUAUAAUGAUGAAGACCCUGAGAAAGAAAAACGAAUAAAGGAAUUAGAGUUGCUACUAAAGUCGACUGAGAAUGAACUGAAAGGGCAGCAGGCAUUACCAACACAGAACCACACAUCCAGUUACCCAGGCUGGCACAGUACAACAAUUGCUGACCAUACCAGACCUCAUGGUGACAGUGCACCUGUUUCCUGUUUGGGAGAACAUCACUCUACUCCAUCUUUACCAGUGGACCACGGCUGUUUACCUGAAGAAAGUGCAUCUCCAGCAAGGUGCAUGAUCGUUCACCAAGGCAAUAUCCUGGAUAAUGUUAAGAACCUUUUAGAAUUUGCAGAAACACUCCAGUUUAUAGAUUCUUUCUUAAAUACUUCCAGUAACCAUGAAAACAUGGAUAUGGAUAUGCCUACUUUAACUUCUACCGCACUCAAUGGUCAUAAGUUGACUGUUACAACACCAUUUCACAGAGAUCAAACUGUUAAACCUCAAAAGGAAAAUAAUAUUUUUAGAACUCCAGCUAUCAAAAGGUCAAUAUUAGAGAGCUCUCCCAGAACUCCUACUCCAUUCAAACAUGCACUUGCAGCACAAGAAAUAAAAUAUGGUCCUUUGAAGAUGCUACCUCAGACACCAUCUCAUCUUGUAGAAGACCUACAAGAUGUGAUCAAACAGGAAUCUGAUGAAUCAGGAAUUGUAUCAGGAUUUCAUGAAAAUGGACCACCUUUGUUAAAAAAGAUCAAGCAAGAGGCAUCUCCUAUGGAAGAUGUGCCAAAUCUUCUUACAAGCUCUGUUUUAAUGAUGCCAGUGUCAGAAGAUGAUGUUCUCAAAACGUUUACAGUACCUAGAAAUAGAUCCUUGGCUAGCCCUUUGCAGCAUCUUAGUAAUGCCUGGGAAUCUGUGUCCUGUGGGAAGACAGAGGAUCAAAUGAUGGCCUCCGAUCAGGGUCGGAAAUAUAUAAAUGCAUUCUCCACCAGGACACUGGUCAUGUGA